AUGGCCUCCGCGGUCAUGUCCUCGGCGCGCGCGGCGAUCACCUCUCGCCCGAUCGCCCCCAAGCGCGGCGCUAAGCCCCUCCGCGCCGUCCGCUCGGUCCACCCCACCGUCACCGUCGCCGCGGCCGCCGACGAGGUCACCGUCAAGCAGCACGACCUCGGCGACUGCAAGGUUCGCCUCGAGGUCGCCGUCCCGAUCUCCGUGCAGAACGAGGCGUAUCAGGCGUGCCUGGAGGGCUUCGCGGAGAAGUGCCAGAUCCCGGGCUUCAACUACAAGAAGGGCGGCGGCCGCAAGAAGGGCGACGCCAAGCUCCCGCCCGCGUCCGUCAUCGUCAACUUCGUCGGCGCGAAAGAGUUCGCGUCCGCGUGCGUCGAGGAGGUGCUCCAGAUGUCCAUCCCCGUCGCCAUGGAGACCGUCGCGGCCACCGCGCUGCAGGACUCCGAGCGCAUCGAGACCGCGUUCGACGACCUGAAGAAGGCGUUCAGCGGCAGCGACUGCGCCCCGAUCGGCGAUCUCACCUACUCCAUCGGCGUCGAGGUCGUGCCGACGAUCAAGUGGACCGGCGAUUACCGCAAGCUGAAGGUGACGGUGCAAUCCCCGGGUGACGACGUCACCGACGCCGCGGAGGCUGAGUCCAUCUUCAACGCCGCGCUUCGCAACCUGGGCACCAUGCGCGUCGUCGCGGACCGCGGCCUCGAGGUGGGCGACCAGGUCGUCAUGGACCUCAGCGCGGUCAACAAGGCGACCGGCGAGGAGAUCGAGGGCAUCAAGCAGGAAAAGUUCAACCUGGACACCGGCGCCGCGCGAUUGAACCUCCCCGGGCUGGUCGACGGCAUCGUCGGCAUGAAGACCGGCGAGACGCGCGAGGUCCCGAUCACCAUGCCAGACGACUGGCCGCAGGCGUUCAUCCGAGGCGUCGAGGCCACCUUCACCGUCACGCUUCGAGAGCUCUUCCAGAACGACGUCCCCGAGGCGACGGACGCCGUCGCGUCCAAGAUUUUCCCAGACGCGUCCACGAUUGACGACGCCAAGGCGAAGAUCCUCGAGUCUCAGAAGGCGACCACCGCCGCGAUGCUGGAGCAGGCGACUAACGAGGCGCUCGUGGACGCCCUCGCCGCCAUCUGCGACGCGCCUCUCCCGGCGUCCAUCGUCGAGGAGACCGGCCGGCAGAUGUACUCGCAGAAGAUGCUGGAGAUGCAGGUUGGCAGCGGCUUGAGCAUGGAGGUCGUCAACCAGCUCGCGUCCCCGGAGAUGGUCGAGAAGUUUCUGGAGACGGACAGGAAAGAGAUCGAACUCGUGGUGCGCCGCACCAUCGCGUGCGAGGAGCUGUUCCGCCUGGAGAACAUCCAGGUCUCGGAGGAGGAGUUCAAGGCGGAGGUUGUCGCGGCGAAAGAGGAGUUUGAGCGCUACGGCACAGAGUACGACGUGCAGAGGCUGGUGGAGCAGGCGGGCGAGGCGAUCGAGGCGAGGAAGAGCAUGGAGUGGCUCAGGGCGCACGCGGAGGUGACCGUGCUCCCGCCCGCGGGUACCGCGUAG